GUCACUUAAUAGCUGAGGUCAUUGACGUAGUAAGCGUUGGUGGUGUGUUUUGAGCGGUGUAAUUUGUACAGUACUCAGCUUCCAAAGGUUGAGGCUGUGAACAGAAAUGGCUACCAAACUCCUUAUUUUGAUGAUUUGUAUGUACAUAUACAGAUACGAAGCACAAGCCGUUCAAUUGAAUGCAAUCACAAUUGGCUGUGAUCGACAGCCAACAGAUUUUGAAGUUGAUAAAUUAGAUGGAGAUAACGGGUUUCGAUUGAGAAUCCAUGGUCAUCCUUCCACGUACGAACGCGGUAAAAUAUACAGAGUCUCCAUUUCAAGUAUAUUGCCUACAUCUUUUAUUGGAUUCCUGUUAACUGCUACUAAUUCGGAGGAUGACAGUAAAACACCAGGAACCUUUGAGCUUCUAGAUUCAAGAGGAUCUAUGUUUGCACCAUUUUGCACUCAUGCUGUCACUCAUACGUCAAAUACAAUGCGCUCACGUAUCGGUUUUCGCUGGACUGCUCCAUCAGAGGUUGAUGCACCCUGUGUUCUAUUUAGAGCUGUUGUGAUUCAGAGCAGAGGAGUCUGGUAUAGUGAUGAGGGCGAACUCAGCCUUGAAAUAUGUCCAGAGGAUCUUGAGGUGCCACCAACAACACCUGUUGUCCCGGAUAGACAGUGCUGCGCCUCUGGGUCUGCAAAGUAUCACAUGACAUUUGUUGGAACAUGGUCACCCCUAUCGCAUCCAAAAAAUUACCCACCUGAUUAUAUAAAUCAUUGGUCUCCAUUAGUUGGGGCAUCUCAUAGUAAAGACUAUGUAAUUUGGGAAUACGGCGGAUAUGCUACAGAGGGUGUAAGACAGGUUGCUGAAUGGGGCUCGGCCGCAGCUAUGGAGAAUGAGAUUAAGCAACAGGUAAGAGAAGGUAAUGUACGCACAGCAUUCCGUACAAAAGGCUUGUGGCCAGCUAGGGGAAACAUGACACUUACCUUCAGCACGGAUGCUAACUUUCCAUAUGUAUCGGCACUUACUAUGAUAGGCCCAAGUCCUGAUUGGAAUGUCGGCAUUAGCAAUGUUAACAUGUGUACGGAUGAAUGCACUUGGCUUGACCGAGCAGAGUUUGACUUGGUACCGUGGGAUGCAGGCACGGACAGUGGUGUUACAUAUAUGUCGGCAAACUCACCAACAAAUCCACAAGAGCCAAUACGAGAAAUCACGAGUCAAGACAGCCCACAAAGCCCCUUUUAUGAUGCUAGUGGCACCCCUAUCAAACCUCUUGCUAAACUCUUUAUCGAAAAAAUAUGUAGACGGGGAGAAAAUUGCUUUACCAAUACAAACAGACAUGGUACAUCCUCUGGUGGAAUGAUGAAGAAACCGUCAAUGAUGCCUCCAAAGAAAAUGAUGCCAGGUGGUAAGGCUACCAUGCCACCAAAGAAAAUGAUGCAUGCAGGUCGUGAAUUUACCAUGCCACCAAAGAAAAUGAUGCCUGGUGGUGGUGAGUUCACCAUGCCACCAAAGAAAAUGAUGCCUGCGGGUAGUGAGUUUACCAUGCCACCAAAGAAGAUGAUGCCUGGUGGCGGUGAGACUACCAUGCCACCAAAGAAAUUGAUGCCUGGUGGUGAGUUUACGAUGCCACCAAAGGAAGGAGCUGAGGUUAUUAUGCCACCCAAAAAAAUUAUGCCAGUUGAGGUAACCAUGCCACCUAAGAACAUGCCUACAAAGCCUCUGCCACCAAAAGGAAUGGAAGGAAAAGAUUCAUCAGUACAAACAGUGAUAGUUGACUGUAUGAUGUCAGAGUGGGGGCCGUGGUCCGAGUGUAGCAAGACAUGCGGAAAGGGUAGAAUGAGCCGCUCACGAAUGGUUAAAUUGAAACCAAGAAAUGGAGGUGAAAAAUGUGGAAAGAGGAAAGAGAAAAAAACGUGUAAUCUAGCAGCGUGUUCAAGAGAUUGCAAAUUGAGUAAAUGGUCAAAGUGGUCAGAAUGUUCGAGCACAUGUGGUAACGGCAUGAAAAUAAGGACACGCCAAGUCAUCGAGGAACAGACUGGUGAUGGAGAUCCGUGUGGCCGUGUGAUGGGAGAUAAAAUGUGUAAUCUAGAUCCAUGUCCGUAGGGUAUUUUUACUCUAAAAGUAAUACAGUACAUGCAAGCUUAACGUUCCAUCUUGAAGUGGCUGAAUAAAAGUGGACAUUUUUUUUAAUAUAAUUAAAACAAAUAAAUCCACCUAUGAAAUAAUUGCAGUUAAAAUGUACUACAAAAAAUAACGUGGUAUUUCUGUGGCUGCUAAAAACUUUUGAAUUUAAAGAACUUUUUGUGUAAAACUUAAAUAAAUGCUGUGAUUUAAUGGAAAUGUUUUGAGAUAAAAAUAGUAACUGGGUCAUUGCAUUUUCUGCCUGCAAGUGAUGUAAAGUGGACAGUUUGUAAAUAUGCAAAAAUCAAGUGUACCACAGUGUUAGAUGGUCACUACCACAUAAUCUUAUAAAUAAUAUUCCAGCAGAUUGUUCAUGUGUACAUACUCUGUGAACUAAGUAGACCUGUUUUAUCAUGUUCCUGAUACCUUUGGUCAUCCAUUUUGCAAUUGUAAAGUUGGGUCCCUUGGUCGAAAAUGACCGCUUUUAUGCAAAAGUAUCCAUUUUUGGAAAAAAUACUGACACUUUGUAUUUCGGUCAAUAUUGGUCAUAGAGAGUUUAUUUUGGUACCAAAAUGUUGGGAAAGGUUCUGUUUCUAUUCACUGUAAUGACAAAUUUUUAACAAAAAAUUACCAGGAAAAAAGUUUAUCAAAAAUCUUGUUUUUAUAUCAAAAACAUGUUUUUUUAUAUAAUUUUUUUGCUUUCCAGGCCAUUGAAUGUUUCCAAUUAUUUAGUGGUGGCAAAUGAUAGCUAAAGUAACAAUAAUGAAUCACUAAAUCACUAAAAAAUAAAAAAAUUCUAAUGAGUUGUGCAACAGUGCUGCGGAUGUGUCAACUAGUCGGGAAGUUAUUCCCUCUGCCAGUCUGGUUACCAUUACUUUUUGAAGCGAACUUUAAAGUGUUGUCACUUGUAUUAACUAGAUUCAGGUAGUCAAAAUAAUAAACUUGACCAGAAUUACAAUGUCCACAAUGAAUUAGAUCAUCACAAAACUAUUAAUCCUAACUUCCUCCAGGGGGGUGUGCUUGUAUACGGAAAAGAGAGGGUAAAAAGUGUGGGGCAGGAGGAGAAUCAAACUGGGGAUGUACUUGCCACUUGAAAUCACAAUUCAACCAACAUAAUAGAAAGAUUCAAAGCUGUUCUAAUUUAAAUCAAGUUCUUGUCUAUAUACCCCACGGCAUCAUGGGACAAUCUAGUUUUGUUGUGCAGAUGAUGAAGAGUACCACCGAGUCUCAAAAACUUGUAUUGAAAGUUACUACAUACAUUUUUUAACUGUUUACUAUAUUCUCAUGUAUAAGACGAGGCUUAAAAUAGCAAAUUAAGAUGGAAAAAUGGCGGAUCUUCUCAAACUGGUGGUGGGGGUUUCGUCUUAUACGCGAGUACCGUAUAUUCGGUAUCGAUAUUAUCAAACUGAUUGACACAAGUUUUUCGUAUGGAGAAGAAAAUUGUUAAAACAAGAGCCUACAUCUACCAAGUUAAUUUAAAGAGAUUUGUUGUGGAUAACCGGUAGAAGUAUUACAUCUGGGGGAUAUAGUUUAUAUGGAAAUGUUAUCAACACACAAUGUACAUACAAUGCUUUGGAGAUAAAUCAUUUUGCAUAUAUUA